AUGGCGGAUCCACUGUCUGUUGCAGCCAGUGUGGCUGGCCUAAUAACCAUCGCAGAAACGGUCAUCGGAAAUGGAUACCAGUAUUUAAAAGAUACAAAGGGCGCGGGGAGCCAGGUGGCAGCAUUGAUUUCGGAGGUCACGAACCUUUUCGGUGUUCUACAUAGCCUACACCUUGUCGCCUGUCGCUUUGAAGGCGAGAAGUUCGACUCCACGAUGCAAAUUCAUCACAUCCACUCAUGCUACGCGGUGUUGGAAAAGAUACAGGCGCGACUUGACAAGUCUAACCCAGCUAAGUCCCAUAAUCCAUUGGAGGCUACGAAAAGAAGACUUCACUGGCCCCUAUCGAGCUCGGAGACGAAGUCGUUGAUUGCGGAUGUAGAAAGGCAUAAGUCAACCCUGAGCUUAGCCCUAAGCGCAGAUGGAAUGACUGCUUUACUUCUCGCUCUUGCCCGACAAGAUACGGUAGCGAAAGGCGUAGCAGAAUUGAGAUCGGACCUUCAGAAAAGGCAACGUCAGAAAAUCUUAGGUUUCUUAGGAUCUGCCGAUCCAAAGAAGAAUCAGGAGACUGCAAUCAAACUUCGGCAACCCGGUACCGGAAUUUGGUUUACCGAUGGGAAAGAGUUCAAAGACUGGUACUCUACUAAGAAUGCGAAGUUGUGGCUUUAUGGUAUUCGUAAUGCCGGUACCGAUGGCCUCGCUUACUUUUAUUGCGAUUACAAAGAAUCUUCGACCCAGGAUCCAAUCAACAUAUUAGGCUCCCUCAUCAAGCAAUUUGCAAUGCAGAGUGAGCCAGCGUUGGAGAGUGUAGAGACUUUUUACAAAAAUCAUAAUCCUAAAGGAAAGCCAGUGAUCCCACCAACAGCAGCAGAGCUGUGUACCCUUUUGAAGAGCAUAACGACAUGCUUCGAAAAUGCACUCAUCAUUGUUGAUGCCCUGGACGAAUGUGUACAGGAUCGAUAUCAUGUUGUCGAGCUUCUUCGAAGUCUCAAUCUAUCAGGUGAUAGUAAUAUCAAAACUCUCUUUACCAGCCGCCGAGAAGUGGAUAUCGAGGACCACCUUUCACAGUACGAACAAGUCGCCAUAGCCGCGAGGAGUGGCGACCUAAAACUUUACGUCGCCUCUGAAAUUGAACAGCGUAUUCGAAGGAAGCAGCUCCGAUUGCGGGAUCCUAAAUUGAAAGAGCACAUCAUGGAACAGGCGCUACUAGAGGCAAUCUCCAUCAAUGAAGGUGACGAAAGUCUGGACCGAGAUUCCAUCACUGAGGAGGGCGAGAUCUUAAAAUGGUGCAGCAGCUUGGUCAGAAGAAGAUCUGACUCGAGCGGGAUCGAGUUAUCUCACUUCACAGUGAAGGAAUUCUUAUUA